AUGCGGGCAUCGCUGCUGCUGUCGGUGCUGCGGCCCGCAGGGCCCGUGGCCGUGGGCAUCUCCCUGGGCUUCACGCUGAGCCUGCUCAGCGUCACCUGGGUGGAGGAGCCGUGCGGCCCAGGGCCGCCCCAGCCCGGGGACGCUGAGCUGCCGCCGCGAGGCAACACCAACGCGGCGCGCCGACCCAACUCAGUGCAGCACGGAGCGGAGCGCGAGAGGCCGGGCGCCGGCGCCGGGGAGGACUGGGAGCCGCGCGUCUUGCCCUACCACCCCGCACAGCCUGGCCAGGCCGCCAAAAAGGCCGUCAGGACCCGCUACAUCAGCACCGAGCUGGGCAUCAGGCAGAGGCUGCUGGUGGCAGUGCUGACCUCACAGGCCACGUUGUCCACCAUGGGUGUGGCCAUGAACCGCACACUGGGGCACCGGCUAGAGCGUGUGGUGUUCCUGACAGGCUCUCGGGGCCGCAGGGCCCCACCAGGCAUGGCUGUGGUGACGCUGGGCGAGGAGAGGCCUAUUGGCCACCUACACCUGGCACUACGCCACCUGCUGGAGCAGCACGGCAACGACUUUGACUGGUUCUUCCUAGUGCCUGAUACCACCUACACCGAGGCCCACGGACUGGUGCGCCUCGCUGGCCACCUCAGCCUGGCAGCUGCUGCCCACCUCUAUCUGGGCCGGCCCCAGGACUUCAUCGGGGGAGAGCCUGCCCCUGGCCGCUACUGCCACGGAGGCUUCGGGGUACUGUUGUCCCGCACCCUGCUGCAGCAGCUGCGCCCCCAUCUGGAGAGCUGCCGCAACGACAUCGUCAGUGCUCGUCCAGAUGAGUGGCUGGGACGCUGCAUCCUCGAUGCCACGGGGGUGGGCUGCACCGGUGACCACGAGGGAGUACAUUAUAGUUACCUGGAGCUGAGCCCUGGGGAGUCCGUGCAGGAGGGGGACCCUCGUUUCCGCAGUGCCCUGACCGCCUACCCUGUGCGCGACCCUGUGCAUAUGUACCAGCUGCACAAGGCUUUUGCCCGAGCUGAGCUGGAACGCACAUACCAGGAGAUCCAGGAAUUGCAGUGGGAGAUCCAGAACACCAGCCGUCUGGCAGCUGAUGGGGAGCGAGCAGCCGCUUGGCCCGUGGGCAUCCCAGCACCAUCCCGCCCAGCCUCCCGCUUUGAGGUGCUGCGCUGGGACUAUUUCACCGAGCAGCAUGCUUUCUCCUGCGCCGAUGGCUCGCCCCGCUGCCCUCUGCGCGGGGCUGACCAGGCCGAUGUGGCCGAUGUUCUGGGGGCAGCCUUGGAGGAGCUCAACCGCCGCUACCACCCCGUCCUGCAGCUCCAGAAGCAGCACCUGAUUAACGGCUACCGCCGCUUUGAUCCUGCCCGGGGCAUGGAAUACACGCUGGACUUGCAGCUGGAGGCACUGACCCCCCAGGGUGGCCGGUGGCCCCUCACUCACCGGGUACAGCUGCUCCGGCCACUGAGCCGCGUGGAGAUCCUGCCCGUGCCCUACGUCACCGAGGCCUCGCGUCUCACUGUGUUACUGCCUCUGGCCGCGGCCGAGCGCGACCUGGCCUCCGGCUUCCUGGAGGCCUUCGCCACAGCGGCUCUGGAGCCUGGCGAUGCUGCGGCAGCUCUGACCUUGCUGCUGCUCUAUGAGCCACGACAGGCCCAGCGGGCGGCCCAGGCAGAUGUCUUCGCUCCCGUCAAGGCCCGUGUGGCAGAGCUAGAGCAGCGUUUCCCCGGUGCCCGAGUGCCCUGGCUCAGCGUGCAGACGGCCGCCCCCUCGCCACUGCGCCUCAUGGAUCUGCUCUCCAAGAAGCACCCGUUGGACACGCUGUUCCUGCUGGCUGGGCCGGACACGGUGCUCACGCCUGACUUCCUGAACCGCUGCCGAAUGCACGCCAUCUCCGGCUGGCAGGCCUUCUUUCCCAUGCACUUCCAGGCCUUCCACCCCGCCGUGGCCCCGCCGCAGGGCCCGGGCCCCCCGGAGCUGGGCCGAGACACGGGCCGCUUUGACCGCCAGGCGGCCACCGAGGCCUGCUUCUAUAACUCUGACUACGUGGCGGCCCGAGGGCGGCUGGCGGCGGCCUCGGAGCAGGAGGAGGAGCUCCUGGAGAGCAUGGACGUGUACGAGCUGUUCCUCCGCUUCUCCAACCUGCACGUGCUGCGGGCAGCGGAGCCGGCGCUGCUGCAGCACUACCGGGCCCAGACGUGCAGCGCACGGCUCAGCGAGGACCUGUACCAUCGCUGUCGCCAGAGCGUGCUGGAGGGCCUGGGCUCCCGCACCCAGCUCGCCAUGCUGCUCUUUGAGCAGGAGCAGGGCAACAGCACCUGA